GAUGGUUUGACACCUCUAGUGCUGAAUAUUUGUUUACUUUUUUUUGCAAUCGAAUUUAAAGCUAAUUUAAGCGAUUAAGCAAUGUCGGACAACGAGUACGAGCGCUUUGAGAUCACCGACUACGAUCUGGACAAUGAGUUCAACACGAACAGACCGCGCGGGCGGCACAGCAAGCAUCAGCAGAUCUACGGCAUUUGGGCGGACGACAGCGACGAGGAGAGCCCCGGCGAUGGUGGCGGCCAGAAGCGUCAUGGCCGCCAGGCAAAGGACUACACAAUGCCCGUGAAUUUUGUGGCCGGCGGCAUUCAGCAGGCGGGCAAAAAAAAGAAAAAGCCGCUAAAGGGCGAAGAGAAAGCCGGCAAAGAGGAGGCAGGCGACGCUGAAGAUGCCGAAAAGAGCGACGACUCGGCGGAGGACAAUGGGCGUCCAGCCUUUGGCCAGAGUGAUCCCAGUUCGAACAGCUCCGAGGAGGAGGUGGAGCGACCCGCAAUGAGAGGCAGCCAAGCGAAGCCCACGUUGUUCAAGCAUCAAUCGCACAUCGCUGGCACUCGGAAUGUGGGCGCCUGGGAGCAGCACACGCGCGGCAUUGGCGCCAAACUGCUGCUGCAGAUGGGCUACGAGCCGGGCAAGGGUCUGGGCAAGGAUCUGCAGGGCAUAUCGCAGCCGGUGCAAGCGCACGUACGCAAGGGACGCGGCGCCAUUGGCGCCUAUGGCCCCGAGACCGCCGCAAGCAUUGGCGGCAAGGCGCAGGCCAUCAAAGUGGACGAGGAUGUGCGCGAGGCCAAGGAGUUCAAGGAGCAGAUGAACAAGUGGCGCAAGGGCGGCGUGGCAGAGCCCCAGGAGAAGGCCGCCGGCAAGCGCUACUACUACAAAUCCGUCGAGGAGGUGAUAGCCAAGGGCAAGAAAUCCACGCAUCUGCUCUCCGAGAAGCUGAGCAAGCAAUUGGGCAAUGUGCCCGUGAUCGAUAUGACGGGGCCGGAGAAGCGCGUCCUCAGUGGCUACCAUGCCCUCGCCCAAACCAAAAUCACACCCGAGGAGACGCUCUACGACGCGGAGGCGGGUGGCGCAGCCGUUCCGGUCUUUGCCCUGCCCGAACUGACGCACAAUCUGCAGCUGCUGGUUAGCCAGUGCGAGCAGCAGAUCAUUGCCAUUGACAAAUCGGAGCGCGAGUCCGAGAGCCAGCAGGCGGCGCUCCAGUGUGAGUACAAGAAGCUCGAGGAGAUUGUCCAGCUGGAGCGGAACCACAUCAGCACGCUCGAGGAGGUGCUCGAUCGUGUGGAGCGGCUGAGUGAGGAUCCCGAAAUUACACUGCAUGCCGCGGAGAAGCUGUUCCUGCAGCUGCUGGAUGACUUUGCCGCCGAGUUCAAGGAAUUUGGGCUGGCAGAUCUGGCGGCGGGCGUUAUUGCGCCGCUGGUGAAGCGAGAGCUGGUGGCCUGGCAGCCCCUGGAGGAGCCCACACAGCCGCUGCAGCUGAUCAAGAAGUGGCGCGGAAUGCUGCAACGCGAGGAGCCCGCUGGCCAGCAGCCACGCAAUGUCUUUGAUCCAUAUUCCUCGCUGAUUUGGGCGGGCGUGAUGCCCUCGUUCCGUGCCUGCGCUGCCGUCUGGCAGCCCAAGGAGCAUCCGCCGAUGGCCGCGCUGCUGGACGCCUGGGCGCCGCUGCUGCCCACAUGGGUGCUGGACUCUGUGCUCGAGCAGCUGGUGCUGCCGCGUCUCGUCACGGGCGUCUACGAAUGGGAUCCGCUCACCGACACGGUGCCCAUACACAGUUGGGUGCUGCCCUGGCACGGCAUUCUGGGCAGCAAGCUGGAGGAGUCUGUGUACCCGCAGAUACGCAGCAAAUUGGGCGUGGCCCUGCAGGCGUGGUCGCCGCAAGAUCGCUCCGCGAGGGCCAUGCUAACGCCAUGGGCCAAAGCCUUUCCGGAGGAGGAAAUGGUGGACUUUCUGCAGCACCACAUCACGCCCAAGCUGCAGGGCGUACUCUCGGAGUUCAUCAUCAAUCCGCUGCACCAGGACCUGGAGCAAUGGAACCAGGUGUGGGAGUGGCACGAGCUCAUACCGCCCAUGCACAUGGCCAAGCUGCUGGACAAGCAUUUCUUUCCGCGCUGGAUGCAGGUGCUGGUCAUGUGGCUGAACCAAUCGCCGGACUAUGCGGAAAUCUCGCGCUGGUACACGGGCUGGAAGGGCAUGCUGAAUGAGCCACUGCUGCGGGAGCCGAGCGUCAAGGAGCAUCUGCGGCGUGCGCUCGACAUGAUGCAUCGGGCGAGCGAUGCCCUGCUGCAGCCGACAGCAGCGCCACCGCCACCCACACCGCCUGCACCGCCCUCGGUGGCGGGUCUGUUGCCGCCACUCAUGAUGAUGGAUGUGGCGCCGCCCACGCAGCUGGAGUUCAAGGAGUUGGUCUCGCAGAAAUGUGCCGAACUGGGCAUCAUUUUUGCCCCACUGCCAGGCCGCAGGGAAAUGGGCAAGCAGAUCUAUCGCGUGGGCAAACUCUUUUGCUACAUCGAUCGUAAUGUGUGCAUGCUGAGCGAUAGCUCAUUCAGCAAUUGGCAGCCGGUGGCCCUCAAUCAUCUGCUGGAGCGCACACAGGCGGGUUUAUUCUAGCGACGAGCGGGAGC